AUAAAAGGCUAAGUAGAAAGAAAGAUUUGAAUUCAAUUCCAAUCAUUUUUGAAUGAUUGAAUCGCAUUCUCAAGAUAUAUUCAUUCUGUUUGUACGAUUGAAGUUGAACGAUCAUUGUCUCAUUCGUCUGUUUUUUUGUUCGUUGUUCAGCUGUAUGUAUUGGAGUGUGUGCUGUAUGUUUCAUCAUUGUCAUCGAUUAUACCCGGUGUCUAUGCGAUUCAUACAUAUUGAAUUCUAAUUAAGAAAUUUAAUUUUUGCAAAUUUAAUUCGAAUAAUCAAUAACAAUGGGCCAACCAAAGAAAACAUCGACAUUGGCCGAAUGGUUUUAUAUUGCUUUAUUGUUGACAGCCGUACGACCACCUGAUCAUCAUCAACUUUCAUCAUUAUUACCUUAUCGACGUUCAUUGUUACCUAAUCUUCAUUUUGGUAUUGAUGAUCGUAAUAAUGGACCGAUUAGUGUAGAAAAUUUCUAUUAUAAUGAUGAUAUUCAUUCAUUACAUUUGAAUGGAAUUUCACAUAAUCAACAUUUUCGUACAAAAUCUUCGAUAUUAUUAAGUGAAACACUAGAUAUUCUUGAUGAUCUGAAUUCAUUAGGAAGAUAUUCUAAUUUACAUCAUCAUCCGGAUCAUCAUAGUUCAAAUUUAAUUGCAUUUCCCGUUAGCGGUGGAUUUUCCUCCAAUGUAUUCAUCAAACAAGAAAAUGAUGAAAUUGGCAAUCACUUAUCAUCGUCAAACGUUAAUUUGAAUUCAAGAAUAAAUGAUGAUAAUAGUUCAUUAUCAAUUGAUCCUGAUAUUCUAAAUCAAAUAGAUUUUGAGCUACGAAAUUAUCCAUUCAAUGAUGAUGAUACAAUAUGGCCAAAUCUUAAUGAUGAUCCAUUGAUUCAAGCUGAAAAUUAUUCAUCAUUGUUUAAUGAUGAUAUUGAUAAUAAUAAUAAUAAUAAUAAUGAUCGACACCUGGAAGAUAGAUCCAUUGAUGAUAAUGGAAAUGAAUCAAAAUCAAACGAGAAUUAUCAACAACAACAACGAGAAAUUAUUGAAGACAAUAAUAAUAAUGUGGAUGAAUCAUUUGAUGAAUUUUUACUCGGUGAUCAAAUUUUACCUAUUCUUGGUUCCGGUGAUAAUGGUGAUGUUAAUGAUUUAUUUGAUGAACUUGAAUUAUUAUUAUCGAAUGAAACCGAUUCAUAUGGUGGUAGCCAUCCUGAAUGGCCAUCAUAUAAUGGAUAUCAAUCGAAUCCUACUCCAGCAACCGCAACCGAUGAAAAUGGCCCCGAAUAUCCAAUAUAUGACAUUACACAAAAUUGUAAUCUUUAUGAACAAGGUUCCAAUGGGCAACUUCUUAAUAAUUGUUCCGGGCCCUAUUAUUGCAAUAAUAAUAGCAGCAAUAACAAUGAAAAUGAAAACAAUUUCGGUGCCGUACUUUAUUCUUCAUUAACUACAUUGUCAAAUGGUCAAGAUCAUUUGAAUUCCGAAUCAUCUUAUAAUGGAUUCAAUAAUGGUGUUACCAUCAGCGAUGCCAAUACUUAUAUGAACAAUGUAUCAUUUCCAGCAAAUAAUUCCGUGCCUGAUUGUUUCUAUACUGGCUAUAUUGAUGAAUAUAAUAAUUCUAAUAAUUAUUCGACUGAUAUCAAUCAUCAUGGACAGAAUUUCGAAUAUAAUUCCAUUCCAACACAGUCCACGCCUGUUACCUCAACACCUGUUACACAAAACUUACUCAAUAAUAACAAUCCAGAACAACAGCAAAAAUUUGCCCAUACAAACACUGAGGAUUGUUUUGAUAAAAGUAGUGAUUCCGCCGUAUCAUCAAUGAGUUCCGAUCGUGUUCUUUCUUUAUCAGAUAAUGAUUUAAUUGAAACUUCAUCUGAAUCUUCAUCAUAUAAUUGUGAAAUGAAUAAUCUUCCCGGUGGUAAUAAUAAUUCAGCUGCAAAGAAAAAAUAUCGCCUGUUUGGUAAAAACAGUAUUAACAGUAAUAAUACUGCUGUGAACACCAAUGAAGAUAGUGGCAAUAAAAAUGACGAAAGUAAAAGUAUCGUACAAUUGACCGAUUAUUAUGGCGAAUAUCCCCCGAUUAAUUAUCUUUAUUCAAACUCUGCCUCAUAUUCUAUGAUUGAUUCCAACGAUAUUGGCCAAUAUAAUUCAAUCAAUUAUUAUCCAGCAACUGCUGUACAACAUAAUCAUACCUAUGCUCAAUUGUCUAAUAAUGCACCGAUACAUUCAUCAAUGUCUAGUACAAGCAUGUCUUGUUCAUCUUCGAAUGAUUGGAUAAAACAGGAAAACGUCGAAGAUGAUUCACAGAAUGAGAAUAUAGACGAUAAACAAAAAUCAAAUCGUCAUUCAAAAUCACGUACCAGUAGUAUCAGUAGUGAUAAAGAACUUAAUCAUUUUAAUCGUGAUGAAAAGAGAGCUCGAGCUUUAAAUAUUCCAAUCACAACUGAAGAUAUUAUCAAUCUACCGAUCGAUGAAUUCAAUGAAAGAUUGACCAAAUAUGAAUUGACUGAAAUUCAAUUGUCGCUCAUCCGUGAUAUACGACGACGAGGUAAAAAUAAAGUUGCAGCUCAAAAUUGUCGAAAACGUAAACUAGAUCAAAUAAUGGGAUUACAAUCCGAAGUGGACACCAUGUAUUCUCAAAAAGGUUCCUUGGAAAGUCAAUACAAUCAAUUGUUAAUGGUUCGCGAAAUGGCUCGCGAUAAAUAUAAUAAACUCUAUCAUUUUGUUGUCGAAGCAUCAUCAUCUCGACAAACAUUUCUAGAAUUAUCAUCUAGUCCACCGGAUUUUCCACUGAAAGAUUCAUCAUCAAACGAAAUCCAAAUUAAUGAUAAUUCAACCGGUGGCUUCAUUGUGACGAAUGCAACUACAAUAUCGGUACCUCCUGUUCCCAUUUCAUCCUACGGUAUUGAUGAAUUCGAAGGACAACAAAAAUAAAAAAGAAUUUAACCAUUUAAACAAUAGGAAAAUUCUUUUCAAUUAUUCAACAUAUUUAGCAUUUGGCUUAUACGUAUUGCUUAAUUUUGAUCUAUUCAAGCAAAAUUUUUGUACGGAAUGGAAAAAUGAAUAUU